AUGUCUAGCCAGGGUCGCUUGAGGAACAGAUACUCCUUGGGCCGCCUCCGAGAAAAAUUCCACUGGCGGUCACGUCCACGGUCGGGUGACAAUGUUGUGGAGAGGAUGCCAAAUGUGCCAACAACAAUUGGCAUAGAUGGUAGCCAGGCUUCCAAUGAGGGAACCCUACAAUCUUAUCAAGCUGAUGAUCAUGCUCUUGAUGUCUCCAAUCAGGCCAGACAGAACAUCCGUCCCUCAACAGACGACCAAGUCCGAAUCAACGUCUCUGGUCUUAAGAAACCUGGAUGUGCUGAUCUGACGAGUGAAGAAAUCCUCAUUGGAAAGAGUGAAGAAGUCUAUCAACUCAUUGAGAUACUCAAGCGCCGAGGAUAUACCGAUAUCUGUGGCUUUCAAGGCGUGUCUUCCCGCUCCCCAUCCGUAGGCCCAAUCACCGGUCUCGACUGCGAUCUCCCGGUUGAGGUCGUGACUGGGGAACCAUGCUAUUCGCUCUCGAAAGGUCUGAAAAUCAACGCGGACCAGACUCUUAUCGAUUUCUAUGAUCAAUUCGUGUCUGGACCCCGCUAUGCAGCUUCGCCUAUUUCGUCUACCGUUUGCUCGGACAGCAUCCUCAUCCGAGAUGCGAGAGAUUGUGAUGCUGCCAAGGGGCUGGAAAUCAAGUUUCACCGAACUCUGCGAGCACCUGAUGAUGGCAAGAUUUACCCACUGUCGACAGAUUUCGGGCAGAUCAAAAUGCUUCCCGUGGCAAGCUUGUCAACAAAACUACCGCCAGACACGAGCGCAACGGGCUGGGCCUUGUUUCCACUCUAUCAGCGGGAGGCGGUUGUGGUUCAUUUCGACCGAACAAUCUCAGGGUGGAUGGAUCCUGAAGCCCCUGCGACUUUCGCCAUCAGAGCAUUUGAGGGACAUAUAAAUUGUGUUACCGGCCGCCCCGAGUCAUUCGCCAACAACACUUCUGUCCAGGAUUCUGUUCAGGAUUAUGUUGUCUUUCCCCUCCAACAACGUCUCGAUGGCUGUGUAUCUCAGUCCGGUGGGACCAAUCAGUUCGUCUCCCUGCCACUGGGAUCGAACAGCAGAUCUCCAUCGCAAGCUCCUACGAAAAUUUUGCGAUUCCAAGUGGCACCAAGGUAUCCAGAUGGCUGCAACUUCAUUAUGGGCGAUAAAAAGUCUCCUGGCUUGGACAUUCACGCAACUCCAAACCAACUAAGGCUCAAUGUUGGAACAUCAAUCAAGAUGGGUGGAAGUCCGCAUUGCCAGCGGAGACUGAAGGAGACUGCCUACAGGACCGCUUCUCUGGAGCUUUUCAAGAACGAGGAUCUAUACCCCUUCCCCAAAGACCACUGUCGGCCUACGUAUAUCUGGGAGCUCAAAAGCCUGACUGCGGGCGAAGACUUGCAACAGCCAAAAGGAACUUGGUACAUCAGCUCGGUGGGAAGUCUUUGGCUAUCAGCUGACUGGCAAUCCUUUGGUAUUUCUGGAAAACCAAACACCACCAUCCAUAUAUCUCCAUUCCACAAUUUGCAAAGUUUCAGAGCUCGGAUCAAAUCUCGAUUGCCGCAAGAAAGCCCGGCCUUCGAUCAUAACAAGCUCGCGAUUAAUGGAAACGUCCUUCUGGAAGACCCUGAUAUCUGUAGGAUAGUCCAACAAGGCCUCCGCUUCAACGGCCCUGCGGGGAUCCUCACUCUGACCAAAGAAACGAUUGAAAGUCUGCCAAAGCAGGUUAACCUCUAUGGUAAGAGCCGGCCGUCUUUGUCAAGAUGGGAUGUCGGCCUCAUUGCUGGUGGAAGAGCAGGUAUGGACGUCCACGCUGAUGACAAUCCAAAAGCUUGGAAUUGGACCUGCUCUGGUCUAGUCACCGUCCAUAUCCUGAACCACCUAGCCUUUGAAGAUAUCACAUCAAUCGCGUGUCCGUCCACGCCGAUAGAGCUGUCCAGCUAUUUUACCCACAAAAUCCCUGUGUCCACCUUCCAGGAAGCUGGUGUGAUCCAUUCCAUUGACAAGACGCGUGUUAUCCAGGCUGGAAUCGUUGUUCAGAGCGGGAGACAAGUGGCUUGCUUGCUCUGCGAGGAGAAUCUUUGCGAUACACUGCUGCCGGUUUGCAAUCACGCAUUCUGUGGGCCAUGCAUUCUUAAUCGCACGGGCGACGGAACCUUGGUGACCUGUCCAGCAUGCCGGAAGGAGAAUACAUCAACUGUUCGCCUCUUCCCUCCAAAUACAAUACGCGCAACCAUUCGAGAAUCGACAUCCUCAAGCUUGGGCACAGAAGUUCGGAACGCUUCAGAGUCUUCGAGAAACCGCUUAAGUACGAGAAUACCACCAGCGACCAUCGAGACUCCCCCUACACUUCCCAGCAAGCCAACAGUGGCAUAUGAAGAUGCCAUGAAAUCCGCGCUUGCUCAAACAUCGGUACUCACCGACGUAUGUGGAAAAGGAGCUGAGAAUCGCGUCUUCCACUUGCUGGAGCGAGGUGCAAAGGUCAACGAACCACCAGCUGAAGAAGGCGGACGAACUCCACUUCAAGCAGCCGCAGAGGGCGGUCAUCUGAAAAUUGUUGAGAUACUGCUAGCGCACGGUGCCGAUGUCAAUGGAGCUGCCGCUCCCUUCAACGGCAUGUCUGCACUAGCUGCCGCAGCGGAUCGAGGCCAUGUGGAAGUGGUAAAGAUGCUUCUCGCCCGUGGUGCGCACGUAAAUGCCGUACUUCCAGGCUGGAGAGACUACUCAUCAGCGCUCCAAUAUGCGUGCAAAGCAGGCCACACUGAGAUAAUCCGUUCUCUUUUAGAGGCUGGGGCCGAACCCAACAACAACAAGUGGAAGAGUGCAAGUCCGCUGUGCCUAGCUGCAGAACAUGGCUUCCUGGAAGCAGUCCAAUUGUUGCUCGAAUACGGAGCAGAGGUUGACAAUGCAGCUUCUUUAGAGCUGGACCACGGUCGUCCACGGGGUACUACACCUCUUCACGAGGCUACCACAAAACAACACAAAGAAGUGGUGGACCUACUGCUAAGACAUGGCGCAGAUCCUGCCAUUGUCGAUGCAGGGCAAUCCUCGCCCUUACACAUCGCCGCCGCGUUCGCCGACCAGGCUAUCUUCCAUCUCCUCCUAGCAAGUCCGCGAAUCCACAAAUUUGUCGAGAUGAGGGACAAGUACAAGGCCGCAUUAAUGCAAACGAUAUGCAAGGACGGAUCGUUCGACAGGAUCAAGUAUUUUCUCGCCAGGGUGCCUGGCCCUCGCGACCACUUCCCUCUCAAAUGCUGGGCAGUGUUUUUCUGCUGCGGACUUGGCUACACAAGAACUGUUGAAGGGUUGCUGGGUCUGAAUCUGAGCCCCAACUUCAGUGUUUCCAAUGAUGCCACUCGCCUCGUUGGUUACCAAGCGGAGACGUCGCUUGAGCAUGCCAUCCUCAAGGGACAUACGGAGGUGGUUGAACUACUGCUAAAGCGUGGUGCCAUCGUAUCUUCGUCCGGCGGGUUUAGACUCUCGAAGGAGAACCCAAUCCUCACAGCAGCCUCUAAGGGCUUUCUCGACAUUCUCAAACUUCUGCUGGCCAACGGAGUCUCCUUUGACCAGGCGCUACAGUCCGAGGCCAUGCAGAAGGCUGCUAAGAACGGGCACACUGCUGUUGUCGAAUUCAUCAUGAGCAGCCACCAGCACAGUGCGGACAAGUCGGAAGUGAACAAAAGUCUGCACAAGGCUCUGGCAGGGAGUGACGCCCCAACCUCCCGCUUGCUUUUGGUAUCUGGCGCUGACGCGAAUUGCGAACAUGAGGGGAGGCGGCCUCUCCAUCUGGCGUGUUUCUCGGCUGAGAUUGUAGAGCUUCUGCUUGCGCACGGGGCCGACGUCGGCGCGGAAGACGAGAAGAAGAACCUCCCUUUGCACAAAGCGGCGUUUGCUCGCAACAAGGACGCCCCACGGAUAGUGCAGCUGCUGCUUGAGGCUGGGUCUCCGAUCGACCAGAAGAACGCGGCGCGCGACACGCCGCUGAUGAAUGCGUGCGCGGCCCGAAACGUCGAAGUGAUCAAGGAGCUCGUUCUCGCCGGUGCGGACGCUCGCGCCACUGACGCCGAGGGCCGGACGCCACUGCAUUUAUGCUGUGCGCGAGACGGCGACCACAAGGCCGACCAGCACGAGGCUAUUCGUAUCCUUGCCAGCCUGCUCUGGGUCGACGUGGACGCCGAGGACGACAAGGGCCGCACCCCUCUCGACCUGGCGGCGCAGUCGUUCCGGAGCCCCGUGGUGCGCACGCUCCUCGACGUCGGGGCCGAUCCGGAACUCGUCGACCUGGAGCGCCUGCGUCACGGCAUCGUGGUGGCGCACGAGCCCCGCGCCACGAUCUACGAGUGCGAGGCCGUGUGGCAGAUCCGCAAGGCCCGCGGCCAGACCGAGUCGCUGUACGGAGACGAGCUGCCCGUCGGAUUCAAGCGCGUCCGCAGGCUGGACAGCACAGACAAGGGCGGGUCGAUGAAGCAGGUCAGCGAGGACGGCACCGUCGACAGUUUUGUCUUUGACAUGGCCGUCUUGAAUGCCAUUUCCUCGUUUCGGGACUUGUGA